UUGGGCCAGACGCUCAAGGGGGCGGACCGUGGGGCCCCUUGUCCCCGCUGUGGACAAUUGUCCUCUCCAAUCCCCCCCCAGGCGUUGGUUCGCGCUGUGGGACGCGGAGGCUGGUGCUGGGUGCAAGGCUUUCCCACCCAGACGCAGACCCCGCCAGUCCGGGGCCGCGGUCGGUCGUUGCCUGCUUUCGGGUAGAUGCUGCGCUCCGGCGUCAUGAGGCUCGCGGUCCGAGUCGUUUAUUGUGGUGCUUGAGGCUACAAGCCCAAGUAUCUUCAGCUCAAGAAGAAGUUGGAAGAUGAGUUCCCCGGGUGCCUGGACAUCGAGGGGGCGUGUCUCCAGGAGAGCACCCCAGCCCUUGCAGCAUCUCUGUCUCCCCCCCUGCAGUGUGGCGAGGGGACUCCCCAGGUUACCGGGUUCUUCGAAGUAACAGUGGCAGGGAAGUUGGUUCACUCCAAGAAGAGAGGCGAUGGCUACGUGGACACAGAGAGCAAGUUUCUGAAGCUGGUGGCCGCCAUCAAAGCCGCCUUGGCUCAGGGCUAAUGGGCCCUAAAGGCAGAGUUCCGUGACCUGGGCCCCGCCCCUUUCGGCAGACGCUUCAUGACGGGACGGACUGAAAUGUCUUGUGGACGCAGGUCUUUCCCCGAUGUUCUGUGGCCGCCGGGCGGGGCAGAGAUGGACGCCCCUGGUCUUUGCCUGUGUGCGUGCGUGCACGAGUGUGUCCCCCAAGAAUCUAGCUGUUCAUACCGGCCCUCCUCCUCCCCAGUCCUCCCCCCCGCCGCCUCCCCUUCAUCCUCUCCCUGUCUCCCUGCUGGUGUUUCUGCUCUGAGCUUCGUUCUCAAGGCGGAGCCUAGAAAGGGAUCCCGAUGCGUGAGGCUCAGGUUUCAGCCCUGUUUGCAACGGUUCACAAUUCAAUAAAUGUUGGAUGAGUUUAACAAA